UUUUAUUAUUUCUUAGCAACUCAAUAGGUGGAAUUUCUGAUUCUUCUUUUCUAUUAAUAGCGUUUUAUCACUUACUUCCAAAGCUUCUUUUAUCCAUGGUGUCCAUAACAAUUUAUUCACCAACUGCUUAACUGCAUAAACUACCUUCCCAAAAGAGAAACUUUCCAUCUCCAAAAUCCAAAAUCCAAAAUUCAAUUUAAUUUUUUGUUCGUAAAAAUACAUAUAUUUUCCCCUGUUUGUUUGAUGAUGAAUCAAUUGUAUUCUGUUAAAGAAGAGUUUCCAGGUUCAAGUUCUGGUGGUGGCGGUGGGGGUGAACCCCCACCGGCGACACCACAACCAAUGGAAGGGCUUCAUGACAUUGGUCCACCACCAUUCCUUACAAAGACAUAUGAAAUGGUGGAUGAUUCAAGUACAGAUCAUAUUGUUUCAUGGAACAGAGGAGGUCAAAGCUUCGUCGUCUGGGAUCCUCAUUCCUUUUCGACUACACUACUUCCUAAAUUCUUCAAACACAACAAUUUCUCCAGCUUUGUUAGACAGCUUAAUACUUAUGGAUUUAGAAAGAUUGAUCCAGAGAGAUGGGAAUUCGCAAACGAGGCAUUUCUAAAGGGGAGUAAGCAUCUUCUAAGGAACAUCAAGAGGCGAAAAACGCCUAAUUCUUCUCAGCCUUUGCCUUCUACAGAGCAAGGUCUCGGGCCUUGUGUCGAGUUAGGAAGAUUUGGAUUUGAUGGAGAAGUUGAUCGAUUGAGGCGUGACAAGCAAGUUUUGAUGACGGAACUAGUGAAGCUUAGACAGAAUCAACAGAAUACUCGAGCUUAUCUUCGAUCUUUGGAGGUAAGGUUACAAGGAACAGAGAGGAAGCAGCAACAAAUGAUGAACUUUUUAGCAAGAGCAAUGCAAAAUCCCGAGUUUGUCCAGCAGUUAAUCCAGCAAAAAGGGAAGAGGAGAGAAAUUGAAGAGGAUAUAACCAAAAAAAGGCGACGACCUAUUGAUCCUCAAGGUCCUAGUGCUACAUUACAUGUUGGAGGAUCUAGUCAUUCAAUAAAAUCAGAACCCUUGGAAUUCGGAGAGGCUAACGAAUUCCAAGUCUCUGAACUUGAAGCACUCGCAUUAGAAAUGCAGGGAUAUGGUAGAGCAAGAAAGGAUCAACAAGAAGAGUACACGAUAGAAGGGCUCGAGCAAUUUGGGAACACGGAUAAAGAACUUGAUGUGGGGUUUUGGGAAGAGCUAUUUAACGAUGAGGACGUGUCUGGAAAUGAAGACGGCGAAGAGGAAGAUGUAGAUGUCUUGGCAGAGAGUGAGUUUUCAAGUAUUCAACGACGAAUGAAGAAAGCAGCUAUAUGGAUCGACCAGCUACUCGAUAGAUUCAUGAAGGACUCAAGAGUCAAGUCUGAAAAUCCCUUGUUGGUUUUUCUGGCAUAGGAUUAUGCAGAUCCUGAUCAAGUUUAUGGUCUUCGAAGAUUAUCGUAAAUUCUCAUUUUGGGUAAUAAAAAGAUGUCAACUAAUACGUGUUAGAUUCUUCAAAAGUAAUGUAUUUUAGAGAAUCUGACAAAGAUGCGACAUCAAAAAUGAUAACAUUGCUUUGCUUGUGUGUGGUUCUUAGAGUGUUGUCUUUAUGAUGAAGACAUAGGUUUUACAAGUAGAACCAAUUACACCAGAAUCAAGGUUUUAUCACAAGUGGCGAUUUGUAACUACUUUGCUGACAAAGCUUUAAUUUAUUUGCCAUUUAGUGUCCUUGUCUCUAUUUGUGAGAAAUGAUUCAUGUCCAAUGGUUCAUGUUCCAUAUUUUAAAAAAAA